AUGGGCUAUUCCGAAAUACUUUGCCGCAUAUGCGGUGUCAGCUUCAACAUCAAUCGGUACCGAACUGACCAAGAGCCCCCAAGCGCUGCCUUGGGCGAGUCCCUUUCCCUUGAUCCUGAUCGAUGUCCCGACAAGGGUGGAUGUUACUUUAUCAAUAGCAGCCUGCCUCCUGAUGAACAAAUCAAACACAAUCCUUCCGACAUUCAAGAAACAGAUUUGGAUGAAGAUGGUUGGACACAUGUCGCAGGCCCAGAUUGCGGAAACAACGGGGCGUACAACGGACACCGCAUCUCGCUUGAGGCUAUGAGGGGUUGCAAUACCUUCCAGUGCCUGGUCUACAAACCAGAGGAUUGGACAUCACAAACAAACGACGAGGAUUUUGAAUCCAAGGGCAAAUAUUUCCUCAGUGGCCUUGGCGACGAUAUGCCAAGCAGGGACAUCGACUGGCCAUCUGUCUUUCCUCACCGACAUGAUGUGGAUGCACCACGAGCCGAUGAAUGUAUAUGGAAUGAAGAUGAGGCGGAUGAAUGUGCCAUGCCUUUUCAUCCAACCUGCCUCGAGAUCUACAAGCGUGUUUCUCUGCAGCGGAAUGGUGUCGUGGACAUAGAAGGUCUGACACUGUGGUGGAGGCGUGAAGGUACUUAUGAGGACUUUCAUCAGUUCCCUCGAGACCAGGCUGUUAUUGACGCCCAGGAGCAGUGGUGGAGCCAUGACCUAGGAAAUGAAUACCUUGCUGCCAACCCAUGUUUUAUUCCUGGGUUCCAAUCGCUGCUCCAGUCAUGCCAAGAUUCGGAUACCAAGGACUUUGAGCCAGCCGGGACAGCAAUUCCAACACAAGCAUCGACCAACGACCCGUUCGCGAAACUACCCCCGGAGAUUCGACACUCCAUACUAGUCCACCUCGAUUUCAAGGACAUAGCCAACCUGAGACUCACCUCUCGUAUCUUUCUGCAGCUGCCGAACCCAGUCAUGUAUGAGCUCACAAUUCGAAAUACCCCAUGGCUAUACGAGGCAUGGACUUCAAUGCCUCUGUCCUUCUGGGCAACCACAACACAAAAGGAGUUAGAAGAGAAGUGGGAGAGUACAUACGAUGUCCUAAGAAGUGCCAACCCCAGCAUACCUGUUGAUCAGCUCAGUCGGACAGAAACGAACUGGCUCAAACUGCAAGUAGAGAUAUCUCGAAAUUGGAGUAAGCUACUUGGACUACGGAAUAGGCGCAGAAUCUGGAAGGACUGUGAAGAAAUCUUGAAUCGGGUGGAUAAGAUUCAAGCUCAGGACAAGACUACAUAG